AUGCGUAUGGCUAACAAGACUAAUAAUUCUCAUCAAAAUGAAAUUGAAAACAUAACAAAAAUAAAAGGAAAUAAUAAAUGUGCAGAUUGUGGAGCAAAAUGCCCUAGAUGGGCUAGUAUUAAUUUAGGUAUAAUAAUAUGUAUAGAAUGUUCAGGUAUACAUAGAAAUUUAGGCGUUCACAUUUCCAAAGUAAAAUCUUUGACAUUAGAUAAAAUUACUCCACAGUGGAUUCAUUGUAUAAAAAAUAUUGGCAAUGAUUUAUCUAACUCUUAUUAUUUAUAUAACUUACCAAAAGAUACGUAUAUACCAAAGCAAGGAGAUUCUUCAGUUAUAAUGCAAAAUUGGAUAAAAAAUAAAUAUGAGAAGAAAUUAUAUGUUCCUGCUAAUAAGAAGGAACCAUAUCAAUACUAUUUAGAAGGAAUGAAUCCAAAGAAUUGUCUUCCAGAUGAUACAUUAGCAAAUUCAUCAUCCAAUAAUGAAAGUAAACUUCCCCAAGAUAAAAUAAUCGAUAUAACAAAUUUUAAAAAUGAAAAUAAAAUUGAAACAGAAGCAGGAAAUUCAGGAAAUAUAGAUAUUUUUGAUUCCUUAAAAAUUAUUGAAAAUAAGAAAACAGAUGAAUUAAUAAGCAUUAAUAAUAAUAAAGAAAAAAGAAAUUUUAUAGAUAAUAAAGGAAAUGUGUCUAGUAAUAAAAUAUAUAUGAAUAAUGACUUUUAUUCAUUUGAUAAUAUGAAUUGUGAUGAUAAUAAAAAUAUUGGAAAAGAUUCUUAUUUUUUUAAUGAUAUUAAAAAUUCGAAUAAUUCAAGUAAGUUAAAGGAAUUUUCUUUUAAUGAUAAUAAUUCUAAUGUUUUUAAUGAAUUUGAUAAUAUUAAGAGUUUUAAUAACUUUAAUGAUGGAUUAAAUUUUAAUAAAUUUAAUGAGAAAAAAAAUUUUAAUAAUUUUAAUGAUUUAUCUGAAAAAGAAUUAAGAGAUGCAAAAGUUCAAGCAGCAAAAAAAUCUAUUGCACAACUUUUUGCAAAUUCAAAAAAUAUUUCUUUUUCUGAAAAAAAUAUAGCAAAUAUAAAUUUAAAUAAUCAAGAUAGUGACAACAACAAUUUAAAAAAAAAUUUGAAAAAAACAGAAUGUAAUUUCGUAAAUGAAACUAAACAAAAUUUAUUUGAUAAAACUUAUGUUAACAAUUUAAACAGUUGUAAUCAUGAAGAAGGAAGUUUUAGUAACAAUUUAAUUAAUGAAGAAAAUGUAAAUAGUUUUAAGGGAAAAAAUAAUGUAUUACAAAACUUUGAUUUUUUUUUUUAA